AUGGAAGCAAAAGAAGGAGAUUCUGGGAAUGCAGAUGAAGAUUUUGAAGAGGAAGAAGAUGUUGAUGAAGAUGUCGAUGAAGAAGAAGAAGAAGAAGAUGGCAAUGAAGAAGAAGAAGCAAACAACGAUGAGUCGCAAUCAACUGAGUUCGCAAUGGACCCGUCCGCAAUGGUACGUAUGUUCUCAACUUCGACAAAAAUGACGGCAUGUACUCACCACGGUGGUGUCUCUUCUCCGUCUACGAAGCUCGUCUCCGCCGUUGCUGGAUGGUCCAACGGUGAUGAUCAACGAGUCUGUAAUUCGCCAUGUUGA